AUGGCAUGGACAGACGGCCCUCGGAUCAGAAAAGUUAUUCUGGGUACAUCAACCAGCAACCAAGGCACAUGGACGGGCCUUCCUGACGGUGCUAUCGGCGGUCUCGGACACGGUAGUCCUAGUAGAAGUUCUCCCUUCACUGGGCAGCUGCAUGGAAGUGGAGCCAGCAGCAUCCCUUUCAGCGGAAGCCAGUCAGGAACAGGAGUGGGUCACCUACAUGGGAGUGGAGCCAGCAGCUUCCCUUUCAGCGGAAGCCAGUCAGGAACAGGAGUGGGUCACCUACAUGGGAGUGGAGCCAGCAGCUUCCCUUUCAGCGGAAGCCAGUCAGGAACAGGAGUGGGCCCACCUACAUGGGAGUGGAGCCAGCAGUUUCCCCUUUCAGCGGAACCCAGGCAGGAACAGGUGUGGGUCACCUACAUGGGAGUGGGCAGCAGUCCCUUUGGUAGCAGUAUUCAGACUGGCCGGUGUAGGAACUUCACGGGAGUAAACUGGGAGCCGCCUUUCAGUGGUGGAAGCCAAACUGGCACAGGUGUAGGUCACCUUACGGGAGUGGAACGGGAGCCUGCCUUUCAAUGGUGGAAGCCAAACUGGAACAGGUGUAGGUCACCUUCAUGGGAGUGGAACUGGAAACCGCCUUUCAGUGGUGGAAGCCAAACUGGCACAGGUGUGGGUCCCCUUCAGGGGAGUGGAACUGGGAACCUGCCUUUCAAUGGGGGAAAGCCAAACUGGCACGGGUGUAGUCACCUUCACGGAAGUGGAACUGGGAGCCUCCCUUUCAGUGGUGGAAGCCAAACUGGCACAGGUGUAGGUCACCUUCACGGGAGUGGAACUGGGAGCCUGCCUUUCAGUGGCAACAGUAGCACUAGUGAAACAAUCAUGCUAGUGAUGAUGACAGCAACAAAUCCAUUUCUGACAAGGGCUUUUGCCUCGUUGACCACAAUGAAGUCAAGUCAGGAAGCGACAACCGGGCUAAAUUGUGGGGAUUUAAGAGCGCAGGGGGCCCCCAGAGGUACUGAGCUAUGGCUCACUGGUUUGUGGACACGCUCUGGCUCCGUACCAACUCCGGGCCCCAAAUAG